GACGUCUUACACUCGUCUCCUCCGCACACGUUGUGUGCUCCACAAUAGCAGACGCCUUCGCAGCGCGAACAGACGACACAACUGUGUAUACUUAGCAAAAAUAAAACCGCGUGUAGUACUCGCUUGCGGCUAGGCGAAACCUGUUCGUUUGACGGACGCGCGUUCAAUAACACCGCCGUGAUUUUACGUAACGCCGAGGAUAUAGGCGUCGUGAGAAACAAUACGGCGAUAGAGAAGUUCGCUCCCCGUCGCAGAAGACUUUUUUUUACGCACCGUAUUAGUGAAGUACACGAGUAUUUUUUCAUCGAAACACGCCAUGAAGGGGAUAAUGAUAUUCGAUCAUCUGAACGAUGUGCUGUUCACCAAGUGCAACAGGAAGUUCGCCAAUCACAUACAGAAGCUGGCCAGGCUCCAAGGCUUGGUCGGUGAGAACAAGGAUGAAAAUGAUUCACAACACUUCAAACCCAGUCCAAACAUCAUAAUGCAGUUGUUCUCGCCAAUUGUCACUUCGCAGCACGUUAUGGCAUCGCAGUUUGGGAAUACGUACACAUCGAUGAAGUGUCAAGAUGGCACCAACAUGGUCUUUGAUGAGUUUAUGGGAUAUACUUUUGUCUACGUGUCCAAUGAAGACGUGGAGCUGAUGAGACGAACUCUGGGGGUCUGCGUCACUAUCAUAAGGCAUCUCUGUGGUCCAGAUGUCUCUGUAUUAAAGACGAACAAACAAAAGGUCCAAAUGGUUUCACAUCUCCUAGAUGCAUGGAGUGACUUGAGGGGUAGCGAGCAGAACAUUUUGACAGAAGCUGUUGAACAGUUAUCAGUAAAUGCAGACUUGGCAUCAGCAACAUUGAGAGUUCUAAGCGAUGCAGCUGACAAGUUGAAAGCCCAGUCAGAGUUUUCCAAUGUGCACGUUUUGAUACUAGUUGAACACAAGUUUCUUUCCUUAUACUCCAGCAAGAAUGCGCAGGAUUUAUUGGCUUCUGAUAUUCUGCUGAUGAUCCUCUUGUGCUACGUAGCAAAAAAGUGGAGAAAUGGAGAAUACGAUGUUUCUGAAAAGGAUACCAAAGAUGAUUAUGUACUUAUGUCUCGAACUGAAUCAAUUAAGAAAGAAGAGGAAGCUAAGUCUCAUGGAAACUUUGGAAAACUUUCCAUACCCACAUCUGAAGAUAUAAGUAAUUUAUUUGAAGGCUCAAGGGAUUCAUCGGUCAGUGAGGGUCUUUGCUAUUUUGCCCUGGAUGGACUCUACAGCCAAUUGGUGCUUCUUGGUUCUGAAGAAACUGGUUACACAGCAAAUGCCAUUCACAUAUCUGAACUAGCUGAGGGUAUUAACUUAGUAACAAUAGUUGAAAUGACAAACUUGGCCAUUUCAUCUGGUUUGUACGACAGUUUUUUCCACCUAAAUGUAAUAAAUGGGCUUCAACUGCAAAGAGAUAUCGAUGAACUCAGGCCAGCAUUCGAUCAUUUCGAAACAGCGAUCAAAAAAACCUUGGAUGGUAUAAAGAAGAACAGAUCGCACGUCAGCAACGACGUUGACAUGUGCCAAAGGCGAUUACAGAUGAAAUGGGACUUUGUCAGAAAAAAAUAUUUGGAACUUCUGAAGUCCAGAGAUCCAGAGUCAAUACUUCAAAUAGAAUCAAACAUGGUUGGUUUUGUAGAUGCCUUAAAAGAAUUAUUCAGACUGACUUGCCUUGACAAAAGCUUUUUAAAGCAAGGAACCGAUGUGAUACUGACAGUCAGUAGACUGGUCAGCCAAAAGUUGAACGAUUUCAGCGAUUUUCUUAAAGUAAAGGCUUUGAAGAACUUCAACAUUAGAUCGAGAACUUCCCUAACCAUCAACAAAUAUCUUGAAGAAUUUCCCGGACUGGUGCAUUUUAUAUACAUAGACAGGACGACCCACAGGUUGACCGCCCCAACGAUAGACUUCACGAAUUCCGAAACGCUAGCAUUAACAACAAAGAAGAUAUGGACCAUGGUUGAGCAGAGCAGGAUACACCUGCAGGAGGGUCACAUGUCCAUAAUGUGGAAGGACACAACCUUCAACUACGCCUACUUUUUGUGGUUUGAAGACAGCUCGGGCACACCGUUGAAGUGCAAGACAAUCUUUAAUCACACGCUCAAGAACUUCCCGGUGCCUGGUAUCCUCUGUGGAGAUUACUACAGGAAAUUAGCCGAGGCGUACUUCCCGAAACUCUCGCCGAAUAAGAUCCGUAUCUAUGAGCUGUACUGCGUACAUCUGGGCCUUGCCACCUCGUCCUGUGUACUCGAGCACUCAAGGCGGCUUGCAGCCACUAUUUGGGAGGUCACUGGCCUGCCCAACAACCCCGCCGACAUUCUUUAAAAAUAUAUGCGCCCACGGUGCUCUGUACUAUAUAUAUUUAUAAUGUAUAUCUAUAUCCGUCAUCUUUUGCGGUGCAAAAGCUCUUCUUGAGCAGCGGAGUUUUUUUCUCCAAUUGCUGCAUUUCCUUCCCAGGAACUGACUGUCUCUUCAACUCAUUCCGUGUAUAACGAAAUUUUACAAAAGUAUUUACACAAGUUGUAUCAACGAGCAAAGUAAACAAUUUAUGAACGUGAAA